ACUCGGAGCAAACAAAUGCACAAAAAAUGAAACACCACCUGAGUGCGUCGUGUGUACAAGAUAGGGGGAGUCGGAUUUUACAAAGAGUGGGAAUUCUGCACAACACUUGCGCCGCUGUCGCGAACACACGCUCCGCCAAUUUUGUGCAGCUAGUCAAUUUAGGGUAGAUUCGCUAAUGUGUCUACAGCUUCAUGGUGUUUUGUGUUAGCUGUCGCUAGCAAGGAAAUUUGUAUAGUUGCUUUAUCAGUUAAGAUUUCGUUUUCUGUCUGAUAAAGACAUGUCUAUGCAGUUUACUCAGGUAGACAUACUGCGAGCUGAGCUGUUGCAAAAUCUUGAAGUUGCUGAGGGAACCGUAACCAGCUUCAGUGAUAUCGUAAGUCUAGAAGUUGUAUCACGAAUAGAAGAAGUUACCCAAACGAUAGUUAGCAGUUUAUCGAAGGAAGAAGCACCGGUGUUCGUUUUCAAAAGCCGUUCUCGGUGGUCCAACGUGAGGUUUAACAAAUCAGUUGGUCUGUAUAUGCAAACUGGUGGCACAAUUUCAACUCUGCGGAGUGACUGCCCUUCAUCUGUAAUCAAAUUUGCACUGAUUGUGAAGGCCCUGUCAACAAUAUACAAACUUAUCCUAAGUGAUUCAUAUGUAACCAAAAGGGAAAUAUUUUAUAAUGACCCCCAGUUAUUUGGAUCACAGAAGACUUUGGAUGCCAUUGUUGAUGAUGUAUCAUGCCUGCUCAAAGUUCCUCGGAGGAGCCUACAUGUGUGUGCCACUACUAAAGGAUUAAUCUCUGGCGAUCUGUGUUACAUGGAGGAGGAUGGGACAAGGGUGGAUUGUAGUUCAACUGCAGUGCCUGUGUCCUCUUGUGUCAGUGGGAUCAUGAAUAUUGUGUCCUCUGCAAAAUUUGUUCUUGUCAUUGAAAAAGAUGCAACUUUCCAGACACUUUUGGAUGAUGCAUUUUGCACCCAAUACUAUCCUUGUAUCAUCAUAACGGGAAAAGGUGUACCAGAUGUCAACAGCAGGCUAAUGGUGAAGAAACUGUGGGAUACACUGCACAUCCCUGUAUUUGCAUUGGUGGAUGCUGACCCACACGGGAUUGAAAUCAUGUGCAUCUAUAAGUAUGGAUCAAUUUCAAUGGCAUUUGAAGCACCCACUCUGGCUGUCUCUUCCAUGCUCUGGCUGGGCCUGUUGCCUUCAGACAUUGAGAGCCUUAGACUGCCACAGGAUGUUUUAAUAUCAUUAACAGUCGCAGAUGAAAGAAAACUCAACCAUAUGAAGAAAAGACCAUACAUCUCUUGCCAUCCUGCAUGGGAGAGGGAGAUGGAGCUUAUGCUGCGAUGGAAGCAAAAAGCUGAGAUCCAGUCCCUUGUCUCUAUUGCUCCUCAUUUCCUCACUAAGGUGUACCUACACAAUAAAUUGUCUUAUGGGGGCUGGAUAUGAGUCCACACAGCUGCACAUUUAACUACACUGUAGAAUACAGUCCUGUGAUAAUUAUCUUUCUUAAUUCAUAAUUUUUGUUGUUUCCUCCUAGAUUACUAAAAAUAAGAAUAGUGCUUGGACAUGUGUUGCAAUUUGCCAUGAUUCUGAUUUAAUCUGUAUUGUUUGGUAUGCUCUUUGUGACUAACUGUACCCUGAAUGCAAGAGCAUGAUUUGGUAAGAAUUUAUAUGCAUCUAGAGAUGCAUAUAAAUUCUUACCAAAUCAUGCUCUUGCAUUCAGAGAGGUGACAUAAUGUCUGACUAGGCCUGUUAAUCUCUCCCCCUUUCUGUUGCUCUGUACAUAAGUUGGACUUUCCAUGUUGAGAGUGAACUGGUUCAUAAAUGUCAAUCACAUGAAUAAAUGUCCAGAAUCAGAACAUAA